UCCAUCUUUUAACCUUUCUUCUUUACAACAACCAAAACGAUUAUUGACUAGACAAGGUACAAUAAAUAAUGAAAAAAAUAUCACAAAUUCACCUCGAACUUUGUUGCAAUCAAAAUCAUCUGCUUCAACUAUACUAUCGACUAAUUCUUCUCGAGCUUCAUUGCAAUUAAAAUCACCUACUUCAAAUAUCUUAACUAUGCUAUUACAAUUGUCUCAAACAGCACAAUCAACUAUAUCAAUACAAUUAACAAAUUUAAACAACUCAUUGCAGUCUAUCUCUUUAACUAAAAAAAGAAAAGCUAAUACAGCAACUUCUGACUUUCCUACGACUAGUACUAGCAAUAAGUUUAGCAAACAAUCAUCUAUGAGUUUU